UAUGCGCUUUGCUUUCGUUUUCUUCUAAAUCCCCGUUCAUUCUGUAAACUCAAAACAUCCAUCCUCACCCCUUGGAUCAUGCUCAUCCUCACCGUCCGUCUCCCUCCCUUUACUUCUCCAUUCUCGGAUUUGAAAAUGCACCCAUCACCCAUCCCUUUUCUUUUCUCCUAGUCUUUAUUUUAUUUAUUUAUUUUAUUUUAUUUUUUAACCAACUCUCUCUCCUUCUCUAUUAUGUCUGAUUUGGUCGCUCGUACUGGUCGCCAUCAGCAACGUUACGACCAGGGUUAUCGUCUUGUCGCUGGGUGUAUCCCAUUUAGGUAUAGAAAUGCUGAGUGUGGCAAUGAUGAUUCUGAGAAGAUUGUUGAGGUGCUUAUGAUUAGCUCAACUAGUGGACCAGGUCUCUUGUUUCCAAAGGGAGGCUGGGAGAAUGAUGAAACAGUUGAGCAGGCUGCAGAAAGGGAAGCUGUUGAAGAAGCUGGAGUUCGAGGGCAACUAAUGGACUUACUUGGGUGUUAUCCCUUUCGGAGUAAAACACACCAAGAUGAAUAUAGCCCAGAAGGUUUAUGUAAAGCUGCAAUGUUUGCUUUGCUCGUGACGGAGGAGCUCAAGUCAUGGCCAGAGCAAAGCACUCGGACGAGAAGUUGGCUUACUAUACCUGUAGCAGUUGAGAGUUGCCGGCAUCCAUGGAUGAGAGAAGCCCUUGAGGAUGGGUUCUGUAAGUGGCAUGCAGAUAAGAUGAAGAAUGCAAAGGGAUGACGUUGAUAAGAUGGAAAGUAUAAACGGAUAUCAUCAUGAUCAAAAUUAAUUCGCAAAGUGUGGAUAGUAGGUGCAUUAUCACUAGCAUUUGUCUAAACUUUUAGGCAGUUUCUUUAAUUGAUUGGUCAUCGGUAACAAAAGAGUUGCAAUGACAUUGUUGUUCAGGAUGAUAUAGUUUCAUGUUUUUGGUUUGUUUUUAUGUUUCUGGGUCAGCCUCUGGUUACUAUACUCUCUGAGGAAAUAUAUUAGAGGGCUAUUUUCAAUUUUUAUCA